ACGCGCAAGAGACAAAUAGACACCGCGCAAGUGGGCGAACGUCUACGUUGCUUGCAACCCACAUACACGCGCACACACAUGAAGAUUUGCAAAAGCAAAGCCAAUUUUAAUUAGAAAAAUUGUUAGUGAAAAAUUUUCAACACGAAAAAGUUGCAUCCAACGAAGAAAAUAAGAUAUGCGUGCAAAGAAAAAAAAUGAAAUAAAUAAUUUACUUGCAAAUGCAGUGUAUUGAUGUGCAUGUGCGUGUGUUGCCAUGUGAAAUAAAUUUAGAAUAAGUAAUAAAGAAGUGCGUGCAAAGUGGCAAAUAAUCGAUGAAUUGAUUGCAUGCCGCUGAAGUAGCAAGGGAAAAGGGAGAGGCAGCGCUGAAUAACCAACGAAUAUGAAAAGUGAAAAUUGUACAUAACGAAAAAUAUGUAGAGGUUUUUGCUAUAGUGAAUGAGUUACAUAAUAAACUAAACGCAUCUACAACCACACAAACAUGCAUGUGUGUAUCACUUCGAAAAUACACUAAAAUAUUUAAAUUAAUGUAAAUAAAUGUAUUAUAUCACUUUGCUACCGUCUGCAUAACUGUCUCUUAAGUAAAAGUAUUUUAUGAUAAAUUGCAAACAAAAUCAAUCUGUGAAAAUUAUAUGAUACGACUUAGAAAUGCGGUUAAAAUGAAUUUCGAUUGUGAUAAAACGCUGCAUUGAAGAAGCAGAAAAGCACUUACAUCCAAUAAAGGAUAGUUGUUACAGAGCCAAACGAGUUUGAGGAAAACACCGGAUGUCAUACAUGCUGGAUUAUGUAGUACUGGUGACACAACUUUGAAGAGGCGUUUUAUUCCGGAAAGCUUGGCUGAUAGAAGAAAUAGUGCAUAAUUACGAAAAGCGGAUGAAAGUUCAAAGAACUCAUCAAAAAUUCGCCUACAAACUUUUUAUAAGUGAAUCGAAAAUUGUCUAGAAUGGGUCUUUGGGGACUAACAACGAAGACUCCAACCUCCACGUACAACAAAUGGAUGCUGAGAUUUACAGUUAUACUGAUUUGUGCGAAAUAUACAAUGGCGGACAAUUGUUUUCCAUCGGCAUUUGGAGUUCUCAUUUUCAUUUGGAUUCCACAAGUGUCAGCUGAAUGUCAAACGCGCUCCAUCUACUGUUAUGAAUGUGAUUCGUGGACGGACGCACGGUGUAAGGAUCCCUUCAACUAUACGGCGCUGCCGCGCGAUCAACCACCGCUAAUGACCUGCAAUGGCUGUUGUGUGAAAAUGGUGCGGCAUUCUAAAUCACCCUACGAAGUUGUACGGCGUAUGUGUACGUCGCAAUUGCAAAUAAAUUUAUUUAUGGUCGAUCAUGUGUGCAUGAUGGAAAGUUCAGGCAAUGGACAUAUGUGCUUUUGUGAGGAAGAUAUGUGCAAUUCUAGUAAAAAUUUAUGGCAAAAUGGUUCACCAUACCAUUACAUCAUGAUCUCUGCGCUCUCAUUCAUACUCUAUUUACUCAAUCGUAUACAAUUGCUAACUAUCGUUCGACAAUUGCAAAUACAUAGACAACAAAAACAAAAACAGCCACAACUACAUCCACAAACAGAAAACCCAAAUCAAAAACAAAAACAAAAUCAAAUAUUAAAUCAAUCACAACAUAUCGUCAAUCGAAUGCUACUGCAAAUGCAAAAUCAACAUCAAAAACAUAAUAAGCUACGCAAAAUAAAAGAAGAAGAAAAACACCAACAAGAACAACAACAAAAGAAAGUCGAACAAUUCGAACAAAAACAAAAAUUGCCAAUUGUCAUUUAGUUAUCAACAGUACACUCUUCCGACGCAAAAACAACCACUACCUGUACAACCGUUCAUUGCAUGUCCAAUGAAAACAGAUACAACAAUCAAUUUGUUUAUACCUCCCGUACACAUAUAGAUUGAAAGCCUCCUCCAACCCCCUACAUACACACAAACACUAGAAAUUUGAAAAAAAGAAAUACAUACCGCCAGCAGCAUAUGCUCUAACAGCAAAGUGUAAAACGGCCACCACAAUACACAGACACAUACAUAAUUACAUCUCCCAUGUGUCCACGAAAGACAUGCAUACAUAUUUAUAGUAACUUCAAUUACAAUAAUUACAAAAUGAAACAAUUGACAUAGUCGCCCAUACGCUCUAAGCUACCCCUGACCCGUAUAACAUAAACAACACACACACACACACACUUGUGCUCUUUGCCCUAAAAACUUUUGCUAAACAAUAAAUUUUAACUUCUUACAUUUUGAGUACCCUCCAUAGUUGGUAAAUACCUACAUUAGCAUUAGUUAGAAAUUUGUUCCCUAAAUUUUGUAUUAAUUUUUUACUAACAUUUAAAAUAAAACA